CUUUCUCAAGUUUACAACAACAACAAAAGAAUUGUUUUUUUUUUCUCCAUUGGGAUCCGUGAGAAACAGAGGAGAGGAUAAGCUAAUCAAUGGGUUCGAUCUCUCUGUCUAAUUCUCUGCCCAUAACUCGACUUCCACUACAUACAUCACUCAGUCCAUCCCUUAUCUCCACUUCUUCACUUCCUCCUCUCUCUAAUCCUCGUCGCCGCUCCUCUUUUUCACCGUUAGUCUCCGCCUCUGCCGUCUUCGCUGCUCCUUCCGGUGUUAAUAACUCUGUUCCCGGUAAAAAUGGAGGUUACACAGUUGGUGAUUUCAUGACAGGGAAACAGUAUCUUCAUGUUGUUAAGCCUACAACAUCUGUUGAUGAUGCAUUGGAACUUCUGGUUGAGAAGAAAGUAACAGGCUUGCCUGUAAUUGAUGAUGAUUGGAAUCUGGUUGGUGUUGUUUCUGAUUACGACUUGCUUGCACUAGACUCCAUUUCUGGACGCAGCAGCCAAAAUGAUGCAAACAUGUUUCCUAAUGUCGACAGUUCAUGGAAAACGUUUAACGAACUCCAGAAGCUGAUAAGCAAGACACAUGGAAAAGUGGUUGGAGAUUUGAUGACGCCUUCUCCUCUGGUUGUCCGUGGUUCUACCAAUCUAGAAGAUGCUGCCAGGUUGCUACUGGAAACAAAGUUCAGAAGAUUACCAGUCGUGAAUUCAGAUGGAAAACUGGUGAGAGAAUCAUCUCAAAAUUGGGAUUCUUACAAGGGGGAACGUUGUAAGGGCUGCACUGCAGAUCAAGCGGGAAACCGAGAACUCACCCUAGCAGCAGCUGUUAUAGAGCAGAGCUCUUAA